CACGGCCCCAGCGCGGCCGCCGCCCCUGAGCCAUGUUGCGCGGCCUGGGCAGCUGGCUGGGGCUGGAGCGGGCGGGCGAGGAGCAGCUGCUGCCCGCCGGCAAGAGGAGCGGCCCCGCGGAGCGGGAGCAGGACCAGGAGGAGGAGGAGGCAGGGCCGGCCGGGCAGGAGCAGGAGCAGGGCGAGCUGCAGGGGGACUCGGAGGCGCUGCUCAGCCAGGCCAAGGGAUUCGGCAGUUACCUCUUCAAUUUUGCCUCUGCUGCUACAAAAAAGAUAUCUGAGUCUGUUGCUGAAACAGCACAGACAAUAAAGAAGUCUGUAGAAGAAGGAAAAAUUGACAGUAUCAUCGAUAAGACAAUUAUUGGAGACUUCCAGAAGGAACAGAAGAAAUUUGUCCAAGAGCAGCAAACCAAAAAAUCAGAAGCAGCAGUGCCUCCCUGGGUAGACAGCAAUGAAGAAGAGACAAUUCAGCAACAAAUACUGGCCUUAUCAGCAGAUAAACGGAAUUUUCUGCGGGACCCUCCAGCAGGUGUGCAGUUUCAUUUUGACUUUGACCAAAUGUACCCUGUUGCACUGGUCAUGUUACAAGAAGAUGAGCUUCUCAAUAGGAUGAGGUUUGACCUUGUUCCCAAACAUGUAAAGGAGGAGGUGUUCUGGAGAAAUUAUUUCUACAGGGUGUCCCUAAUUAAACAGUCUGCACAACUCACUGCACUUGCAGCUCAACAGCAAGCAGCAGAAAAGGAAGAGAGCAAAGGCAGAGAAGAGGAUAGUGAACUGAAAGAAACAGUACGGCCAAAAACACCACCUGUUACAAUAAAGCCUCAAAUGAAAUCACAAGAGGAUGAGGAAGAGAUUUCCACAAGUCCGGGUGUAUCAGAAUUUGUGAGUGAUGCUUUUGAUACCUGUAAUCUGAAUCAGGAAGAUCUAAGAAAAGAAAUGGAACAACUAGUGCUAGACAAAAAGAAAGAAGAGACUUCAGUAGUAGAAGAAGAAACUGCUGAUUGGGAAAAGGAAUUACAACAAGAGCUUCAAGAGUAUGAGGUGGUGACAGAAUCAGAAAAGCGUGAUGAAAACUGGGAUAAAGAAAUAGAAGAAAUGCUGCAAGAAGAAAAUUGAACAUUUUCACAAAAUCACUAUAGCCCAAAGCUCUUUCGGAGGACUGACGUAGAUUUCUGCUUUCAUAUUUUGCUUAAAAAAAAUAUCUUCAGAAGACAUAAAGGAAUCUAAAGUCAUUAUAAUUCCAUAUGGGAAUACAACCAGUAUUUCUGUUCUUUAUAUGAGCAGUUCCUGAACUUCUAUAUUCUUCAAAAGAAAAAAAAAAGAGGAGACAGAUACUUCAGGUUAUAAUUAAAAGUGAUAACAUUAAUACAUGAAGCAGUGGUUCAGUCUGAGGCAUUUUUAGGUGAUCAAGAAGCUCUUCAAAGAGAUUUCUAAAUCUAAGAACCGCCAUUUUUUUUGUCUACAGCCUUCUGUUUGGGAUGUAAAAACGGAUGUUGUAAGUAACUCAGUCCUUGACAACAAUUCUCUCUUGACAUUUGCACUCUGAUCCCUGUAUAAUCUGUAAAUGUGUACUAUUUUUAAGGUACUAGUAGUUGGUAGAUUUCACAUAUAUUUAACUUCCUUACUGUAUGUAGCCAAAGAAUUUAUAGAAAACCCUAUGGAUUAACUUUCAAGGAUUUGUUAAAACACACUAAUGAAGACUUCAAAAAAAGCUGAUUAUUUAUCAGUCAGGCAGCAAACAUCUAAGCAUUUAAAUUAGGAUAGAGUUAGUAACUGCUUGAAUUAAAUUUGGGUUUUGUUAAUCAUAUUGAGAUACUGAGGUAAAUGGUUUAAUGCGUUCUUUCUGUGGAAGGCUUCUAAGUUUCCAUUUAAUUUUACUGUCUGAGCUGAGAGCAAAUUAAAUGCUUCUCCUUAUUUUAAGUGCUGAAACAUGUAUGUAAAAAAUUUCACUGGUUUGGACAUCUUUAUUAAAUACUGUAAAUAUGUA